GAAUGGGUAACGAUGGCAGAAGUCUACAAUGUCUUUGCCAUGCUAAACUUCCGACUGUCACACUCGCAAUUGAAUGAAGGGAUCCGACAUCAUCUUAUCAUGGAGCUGUUACACAAUAUAGAAGCUAUUAUCUUUUCAUUAUCCUUCUGUUUUGGUUGAAUUCGGGACAGAUUGAUCGAAGAACGAUGGCUCUUUUCUUGUGAGGUGGCCAUAAUCGGUGGACGACCAACCAGUCCUGAAGAAUGUAGGAUGAGACUGUUAACAAGAGUUUUCUUACUGCUGUUUGCCAUAUCACUUGCAUCACUUGUUUUUAUUGGCCGCUGCGGUCUCAAGUUAGAAGAAGAGAUGAGAAUAGCUGAGAAUUCAGUUUCAGGACCGACAUUUCCUGAAAUUAGUUCUCCACAACCGAGCUAUUAUGUGGAAUUGUUAAAACAAAAAGAAAAAGAACAUCAAAUUGAAAGAGAUAAAUUGAAACAGGAGAUAUCACAACUGAGGAAACAAGUGGCAGUUCUACAGAAAUAUCAAGACGGUAUUCAACCAAUUCCAAUUAAAAUGUCAUCCAAGUCAAAUGAAAUUCCUAUUGCAGAUGAAUGCGAAGAUUUUCUAAAGAAACAAAUAAACGCUGCAGAAAUUAAACGGGGUGUUCAGUUAAACAACGAGUAUGAAGUGAUACCUUUCAGUCAUUUUACGUUUAGUAGGGUCUAUCCAGUCGAAUUGGGUUUGGGUAAGAGAGUUGUGGAAAAACCCAUUGGAUACAGGCGCAAAGAUUUACUAGAAGUUUUUGUCAGAACUUUAGAAGUGAUCAAUAAAGAUCGACACGGCAAACAGAGGUACACUGUUGAUGAUUUCGUCGAAGGUAUUUAUAGAAAUGAACCAACAACCGGGGCCCAAUAUCAGUUAUACUUUCGUGAAAAAAAUGCCACUCGUCACUAUCGUAAAGUGGUACUGAUGAGACCGUUUGGCCCAGUUCAAACUAUCUCCAACGAUCUAGUCAAGACCACAAAAGAAUUAAUCAACAUAAUCUUACCACUGUCUGGCAGAAUCGAAGUCUUUCGAAGCUUCAUGGAGAAAUUUGUUAAGGUGGGCAUCAAACACGAUAAAAGAAUUUAUUUAACUGUGGUUUAUUUUGGAGAAGAGGGUCUUCGAGAGGUACAAGUGAUUUUAACUCAGGUAUCACGUCAGACCAGAUUUCGAAAUAUUAAACUUUUAACUCUGAACGAAACAUUUUCGAGAGGGAAAGGGCUUCAGGCAGGUGUUCAUUAUUGGACCAAAGGAGAAGUGUUACUUUUUAUGUGUGACGUCGACAUUGUCUUCUCUACUAAAUUUCUCGAACGUUGUAGAUUGAACACUCAACCAGGUAAACGUGUAUAUUACCCGAUUGUCUUUUCUCUAUAUAAUCCUCAUAUUGUGUAUACCCUUCAAGGCAAACCCAUUCCUUCAGAAACGGAGCAGUUGGUGAUUUCCAGAGAUACAGGAUUUUGGAGAGAUUUCGGAUAUGGCAUGACAUGUCAAUAUAGAAGUGAUUUUAUUAAUGUCAAAGGAUUUGACGAGGAUAUUGUAGGAUGGGGAGGAGAAGACGUUAUGCUUUAUCGUAAAUACGUUCGAAGUCAUUUAACUGUCGUUCGUUCUACAGAUCCUGGUAUAUUUCAUAUUUGGCAUUCUAAAACUUGCGAUCCUAAACUUUCAAUGGAGCAAUAUCGAGCGUGUUUGAGGUCACGUGCUCUUAGUGAAGCAUCUCACGCCCAGCUUGGUCUAUUGGCAUUUGGUGACGAAUUAAAAAAAUAUCAGAAAUCUUCGGGAGUAACUGAAGGUGCAUCUGCUCCCUCCAGUGUUUUAGAUAUUCCCGAAGGAGUUGUCGAGGAAAGUGGAAGAGAAAUUUAACCUAAAUGAAAUAUUUAAAAAGCAGAAUUUCUUAAAGCACAAUUUAUAAAACUGCACAUUGAAACGUUUCUAUUCGAAAAAAAGAGAGGAUUAAAAAAAGUACUUAAUUAAUCUAAAAAUUAAUUUUAAGGAAAAAAAAUUAACGUGUUAAAAACAUUAUUUGUUGAUUGACUAAAUUAUUUAUAAGUGUUAAUUAGAAAGUUGACAGGGUAUAGGGCCUACAUUUUUUAAAAUUAUUCCUAUCAAAAAAAAAGAAGAAAAAACAAGAAGAAAACAUUUUAUAAAUUUACAAACAAAAAAAUUUUAUUAUUAAAAUAUUCGGAAAAUUAUUCCUUUUAUAUAUUUUUAUUUGAUAUAUUUAACUUCAAUAUUAGAACAUUCGCAACUUUUGUUAUGUUUUAUGAGGACUGUGAUCAAGCCUUGGUCACGUUUCACUUCUAUAGAAGGUCGCUGUAGAUAUAUAUAUAUAUAUAUAAUAUAUGACAUAUUAUAUAUAUAUUUGAGGCGUGCAAUCAACGUGACGUAAUGAACGGGCCAAGUGCAACAUACAUCCAAGUCUUCCAAAAAGAAAAAAACGUAGUUGAUAUCCAUUAGUGUCAUUCUAGUCGAAAUCUGUAUAACGUGGCCUAGUUAUGGUAAAUUAUUUACCAUAUCUGAUGUAUUCGUGGAAAUUAAUUUCCAUAGAAUUAAAUAUGGCACACCAAAGUCUGUGAGUUUUUCUUCUUCAGCA